AUGCUCUUUGACGACGAGGACGGCUACUCCGCCGAGUACAUCUACGGGAACCACUUCGAGCCGCUCGCUGCCGCCGCUGCCAGGGCCAAGCAGAAGGAGAAGGAGAAGAGAGAGAAGGACCUCACCUCGGGCCUUCGGGAUUUGAUUGUGGGUGAUGGGGACAGUGCCAAUGGCUUGAAUUUGAAUGGCAAUGGCGGAGGCCCCAGGGUGGUGCGCAGGAACGUCGUAAAUGCCCCUGCAGCAGCGCCUGCAAGAAAGUUUAAUCUUUUUUCCUCUAAUGCUUGUUUAAGCGGUCUCUUUUGA